AUUCCUCACGUUUGUGUUUAUUUCAGUUUGGAUGUGGGUCAACAAUCCUGCUAGCAGUGUAGCUGACACAAGAUAAUCCGCGCGGGUAAAUUAUUUGUCAUAAAUUAUAGACCACAGCCUGGAUGUUGAUGUAUUAUUUAAAAACUUAUAUGUAAACACAGAAAGGUAAGUUUAGGCUAUAUAACGAACCGCUAUAGGAUAACAAUAUAAUAUGAUCUGUACGUUAGCGUACAGCUUAAAUAUGUCAUUUGUGGACCAUAAAAACGAGCCAAUGAUAUUUAUGGUGGUGUCUAAACAAUCAUUUCGCUAAUCUUUAUUUCCAGGAUGAAGAUACGUUAUACAACACAUAACAAGACGUUAUUUGUUGUAUAGUCUACCUCGUUGGAUUUGGGAUAUAGACAAUAGCCUAUACUGUGAAACGCAUUAUUGGUUCAUGGCCCGUAUGCUGUACAAUAUUAUUCACCCGUAUGCGUAGGUUCAUGUGCAAAAAUGUCCGAGUAGUAAAUGCUGCCAGAUACCAUUGAUGGCUGAUGUAUGACUUAAUGUUCCUUAAACUUUAAACAACUCAUUUUUUCUUUCCUGUUGAACAUGGAAGAAUGUCGUACUUCCCAAUGUCUCUGCGCGGAUGCCACUCAUGGGAACACUGGGAAUGGGAUGCCAACAGCAAGUCUCCAGCUGCCCAGCUGUCACCAUGCCGACAAGCAGUGUACUUCCACACCAAUGUGCUUCUGGAGAGUGAGGGCACGGCAGGUGUGCGGGGUACCAAAGGUUUCACCUGCGGAGAGCACUACUGGGAAAUUGAGUUUUCAGAACCUCCUUAUGGAACCUCAGUGAUGGUGGGGUUAGGGACAAAGAAGGCUUUACUGCACACUGGAAACUACCGGUCCAUCAACCUGCUCGGGAUGGAUGAGGAGAGCUGGGGCCUCUCAUAUAAGGGCUUCCUGUGGCACGGGGGUCGGAGCAAGAAGUACACAGAGCCUUUCUACGACAAGAUGACCGUCAUCGGUGUGCUCCUGAACCUGGAUUCGGGCACACUGGGGUUCUACCGAAACGGCGUCAGCCUGGGACCGGCUUUCUCUGGACUGCAUGAGGUGGGAGUCCCUCUGUUCCCAUUGGUCAGCUCCACGGCCGCGGAGACAGAGCUGCAGCUGGGAGUCCGCACGUCCCGCCUGGUGUCGCUGCAGGAACAGUGCCUUCACGCCAUCGCCCAGAGCCUGGAGCCUCAGGCCCCCCUGGAGGCCCUCCGCCUGCCAACCAGCCUGCAGGACCAGCUAGGGGCCCUCUGCCUGCCAACCAGCCUGCAGGACCAGCUAGGGGCCCUCUGCCUGCCAACCAGCCUGCAGGACCAGCUAGGGGCCCUCUGCCUGCCAACCAGCCUGCAGGACCAGCUAGGGGCCCACCUGCUGCCCCCACUGCUGUGAUACCUCCAGAAAGCCACUCUGCCACCACUGGCAUCACAUGGGAAAUGAGGCAGAAGGGUAAAACAUAAAUAUAAAUAUAUCAACAUAUCAACUAGUAGGGCAAUAAUUAUGAAGAUGAACCUAGGAUAUGCAAACAUAUGUUGCCCCUCACAGUGGUUCAUCAAAGGAUGGCUGGAGACAGUUGUGACAGUUGAAGCUGUAUCUCAAGUUCAAGUUCAAUGUGCAAUGUACAACAGUGAAAUGUGGGAAGGGCAGCAGGGCAGAAACUCUGAGUUUAUAAAAACACAAUUUACAAAUAUAGCUCAAGGAAAAGAGUUAGCUCAGGAGUAAAAGAAUGUAAUUAUGCUACAUAAUCAGCUAGGCUAUCAGACUUAUCUUGGAAUAAUUAAGUCUUACAAAACUACAGAUUUCUCCCCAGAAAGCGUCUCUGUCACCAAUGGCAUCACACGGGAAACGUGAUGUGCUCCUCAGAGCCACGUGGACAGAUAUUUGCUCCAGUGCAUGAUGAUCAGAGCUCCUGACAUGAAUGGGCUGUGCUAGGGUUGCCCAGUGAUGUGCCACGGAGGGCCGAAACAAGCCAGUUUUUCAUUCCCAACCUAUCACUACAACUGAUUUCACCCUCAGUCAGAGAGUGUGUGAAGUCAGCGGGUGUAGUAAUUAGUUGGCGUGAAAACCAACAUACUCUCAGCCCUCCAUGGCACACAAUUUGGCGCCCCUGGCCUAUGCACUUGUUAAGGGCCACAACCAUGGAUGGGCCCCACAAUUUGGUUUUUAAAUGUUUUUUUAAUCCCACCAUUUUAAAAUAUCUGCUGACCAUUUACACCGGAGGCCGAAACCACCAAAAAAAGCUAUCUAUCGAAGAAUGUGAUCAUGGAAUCCAAAGAGGAGCACAACUACUUUUGUACCCUUGACCGAGACAGAGUAGGAGGCUUAUUGACCAUUGUAGGAACAUGUAUUCUAUUGUCUAUGGAUAGAUUUGAUAUUUUAUGUUAAAUGACAUUCAUCAUAUGAUUCCAUACAGCAUAUUUUUUCGCUUUAAACACAUGCAGUCGUUUAUAGGGCCGCAAUUCAGUUUUUAAAUGUUUUUUUAUUAUUUUGAAAAACAUUUCAAUAGUGCAGUAUUCAGGGCACAGAGAACUUUUUCGAGGGUUAUUGAUCAUUGUCGCAACAUGUAUUCUGCUGUCUUUGAAUAGAUUUUAAAUCAUGUCACUGUGUUAGUACUCGGCCUCUUUUAGGCGGAGUACGGUACGUCACAGGGGCCUCGUGGGGAAGUGUCAGGAAGUCUUUCUGCCAAACGUUUGCAGGGUAAACUGAUAACGGAUAACCAACACAACCUCUACAAAGUCAUUUAUAGCUGGGGUAGGCGAUCUCUGGGCGCGAGCAGAACAUGUGCAAUAGAAGAAAGAUUUUGAAUGUAUACAGCGGCAGAAAAUCCCGCCCCCUCCUCUCCAGUCAGCCUCACCACAAUUUUGAUUGGCAGGUAAGGCCACCUCCUGGCUGAGAGCUGCCCUCAUUGGAUGUUAGCUUCCUGGAGCCAUAAAAAACAGAAGUCCCUGAAAAACUGUCCAGGGACAGUCACUGAUAUCAGAUUUUCCCCAGAGCAAUUGGUUUAUUGCUAGCUGUCCGAAUGUGAAGAUAAUUUAACCAAAUACUACAAAAAAAAAUCGCCUAACCCAGCUUUAAAAUGGCCUUUAUCAUGUGAAUCCAUACAGUAUAUUUUCAGUGUUGUCAUUUUAUUUUUUUUAUUUUUUUUAAUGGAUCAAAGGGAAAAGUCUUCAUGUAUAUUAUUACAUGUAAAUUAAAUAUUUAUACAUAGUGUGGUCCGUAAGUAUUCGGACAGUGACACAGUUCUGUUGCUUUUGCUCUGCACUUCCAGCACUUUGGAUUUGAAGUGAAAUAAUGCACAUGAACAUUUAAAGUCCAAUGUGCUGGAGUACGGUACCAAAAGCUGUGCCGCUGUUAUGCGUCGGCAUGUUUGGCCCAUGAGGUCACAUCAUAAUGUUUAACGGUGGAAAUAUGUGAGGGAACACCCAUAGAGUCUUAUUUAUGAAAUGAUUGUUGAUUGAUGUUUGUGUUUCAGAAAAUAAUAAAACUUGUGUAAAGCAGGGGUCUGCUCA